GCUGAGACGAGCAAACAAGAGAGCAAGAAACAGCACAGCAGCGCUGAUCCACUGAUCCAAGAUGCUUUGCCCACGCACAUUUCAGCCUCCUUUCAGCCCAUUCAUGGACUUCCACUGGCCAGUGCGGAGUCUUUGGCCUGAGACAAGACCUCUGAUCUUCCAGAUCGAACAAGAGAUGAUGAGGCACAUGCAGGAGGUGCGACACAACUUGGAGUUUAUGGAGCGCCUCCACAAGAGGAUCUUCGAUGAGAUCGAUCAUACCUCACCUUCAGCGGUGUUCAAACCCAUUUCAUUCCAGCUGGCCAAAGAAAGCAACCGCUUUGCAGUAACUCUGGACACAAAAGAUUUCUCCCCUGAGGAGCUUUCUGUAAAACAAGUGGGCAGGAAGCUGCGUGUUAGUGGAAAGUCAGAAAAGAAGCAGGAUGAUGGGAAAGGAUCAUACUCCUACAGAUGCCAAGAAUUCCGGCAGGAGUUUGACCUUCCUGAUGGUGUGAAUCCUGAGGCAGUAACCUGCUCUUUAAAUGAUGGCCAAUUACAGAUUCAGGCACCUAAGGAGGCCUCUGCUGGGGCAAAGGAGAGAGUGGUGCCUAUUACAUACACUCCUGCUGUGAACGGCCCUCCAGCUCAGAGUUCAGAACCACAGAAAGAGCCGACCCAGGAAGAUUCCUCUAAGAAUGGAGAUCAGUCUCAAUAAUGUACUCUGCUGAUAAAUGACCAGGAACUUUAGAAAUAACUUAUUACCAAUGGUGUAGAUGUUUUUGAGACUGUGUCCAAUUCCUUGCUGCAGUACAAACAUGAUGAUUCAAUGUUCAGAUAUUUGAUUUUGUUAGAUUUGGACCUGUGGGGAAAUACCUCAGUGUUGAGACAUUUCACUGGAAUAACUGGCUUAUUCAUAUUGUACAAUAUUAAAGUAGUAUUUCAUCAAA